CUCCAUGUCACACAGACAUUUCUAAUUCACUGGAAUGAAAACUCUACAAAAUCACUUAGUUAAACAAUAAAUUAGCCGCCAAAUGUUGAAUAAUUAUAUCCUUUAUUAUCAUAGGAAUCGCAGCUGUUAACAAAAAGUGAAAAUGUCGUUCUUUCUGGAUUCUUUUGUUAUGUUUACAACCCAGAUUCUAUUUUUCCUGGGUGGUUGGAUUUUUUUCAUGCGACAACUCUUCAAAAAUUACGAGGUUCGCCAUGUCAUAGUUCAGCUGGUUUUCUCUGCAACCUUUGCCCUCUCAUGCACCCUGUUUGAACUCAUCAUCUUCGAAAUACUGGGGGUAUUAAACUCCAACUCUCGUUUCUUCCACUGGAAGUUUGACCUGUAUGCAAUCCUCUUCAUCAUGAUCGUGAUCCUACCAUUCUAUGUAUCCUGGUUCAUCUUCACCAAUAUACGCAUCGUUCAGAAUCGCCAUCUGACGUUCCCACUUUCCCUUGUGGCUUGGCUGAUCUUCGUCUACUUCUUCUGGAAGUUAGGAGACCCCUUUCCCAUCUUGAGUCGCAAACAUGGAAUAUUCUCAAUGGAGCAGGUGAUCAGUAGGAUCGGUGUGAUUGGAGUGACCAUUAUCGCAGUCCUGUCUGGUUUCGGAGCAGUCAACUGUCCCUACACCUACAUGGCAUACUUCAUGAGACAUGUGAGUGAGGCGGACAUAUUGGCUCAUGAGAGAAAACUGAUGCAGGUCAUGGAGAUGAUACUCACCAAGAAAAAAAGAAUACUAAUGAUAGAGAAGGAUCAACUACAGCGAGCUUCAACAACACCCAAGCAGUCAGGUAUAUGGGGAAUGCUGAAGAGUGUUGCAACAUCCAGCGGUGGAGCAAAUCUUAGUCAACUGCAGCAAGAAGUCGCUGGAUAUGAAGAGCUGAGUCGACAGUUAUUCCUGGAACUCAUCGACCUGAAUAGCACAAAGGAACGAAUUGAAUACUCUAAGACUCUGAAGGGCAAAUAUUUCAACAUCAUGGGGUACGUCUUCUCCAUGUAUUGCCUGUGGAAGAUUACGAUAUGCACCGUCAACAUCAUCUUUGACCGAGUUGGAAAGACGGACCCGGUCACCAAAGGUGUCGAGAUUGCUGUUCAUUGGUUAGGAAUUGAGUUUGACGUCAAGUUCUGGUCCCAACAUGUGUCCUUCAUACUCGUAGGAAUCAUCAUUGUCACCUCGAUACGUGGUCUGCUCAUCAAGUUCACUAAGUUCUUUUACACAAUGUCAAGUAGCAAGUCUUCCAACGUCAUCGUACUGCUGUUGGCGCAAACAAUGGGAAUGUAUUUCGUUUCUUCUGUUCUGCUCAUGCGCAUGAACAUGCCCCCGCAAUAUCGCAUGAUCAUCACCGAGGUACUUGGAGACCUACAAUUCAACUUCUACCAUCGCUGGUUUGACGUGAUCUUCCUCAUCAGCGCCCUGUCUAGCAUAGCCUUCCACUACUUGGCCCACAAACAGACACCGGAGAAACAAAUGUACUCAUCAUGAUGAAAAAUCUAAAGCCCUACUGGUUUAUAUGAAUGUCCAAUUAAGCCCACUGUUUGGAAUAUAAGGAAUUACAUUGAGAUAACAGGUGUGAGUUGUCAGGCGAAAAUUAUGCUUUUAUUUAAGUCUCUUUCUGUAACGGAGCUUUCUCGUAAAGACAAUCACUACUCGUCAUGAUGAAAGAUCUGAAUCUGAAACUACUGGUUUAUGCAUGGUCCGGUUAGAUCACUGUUUAGAAAAGGAAAGACAUUAAGAUAGCAGGUGUGAGGUUCCUUUUUUCUGUUACAGCGCUUUCCCGUAAUGACAUUCACCCAGGCUAUGAAGUUGAGAUUCAAAAUGAGUGUUGUGAAUCUGAUUUAUAUAGUUGGGCCAGUAGACUCAUGACUUGACAAGUCCGAAGGUCUUGUGUUUUUGCAAUUCAACUGCAUUUUUAGUUUCUACCAGACGGCUUAUUUUUUCCCAGGAAUAAUUCUCUGAGGAUUUUCUCAGAUAUCUAAAACUGAAACUUCCUUCUUUGUCUUCUCUCCAUGGGGUGCUUAGCUAGUACAUAUGGUGAUCGAGUUUGCUUUCUUAUGAAUCCUUGGCUUUACCAACAGAAUGAAUUUAUGAAAACAAAAUUAGUAUGCAACAAAUUAAACAAAAACAAAAUAAGCAAAUUCUUUGAGAUUCUCCUUCAGUACCUUAAUUUUAUUGACCCAAAUAAAGCUGAAUAGAUUUCAAAGACACCAAAAAACAGGGUUUCGUAUUUAAGGCCAUGAAAUAAUUUACAACAAAAGGAAUACAUACAAUGUACCAAACCUGUACCAACUAGUAGAAACCUAUGUUCCGAUACCCCUAAUGUAUAUUGUUCCUAAUCCUAAGCCCAACCCUUACUCUAGCCUGUGGAUCACAAGUGUUUAUCAGAGCAUAGGUUUUUGUCAAAACAUGUGGGUUAGAACCAAUGUUGUAGCCACAGUGGGCGGUGCCAGGCCUGAUACUUCACGAAGGCAACACAAAUCCGGUUUAUACUUUUUGCGAAUUCGAAGCCAGUUUGAUGUGAAUUUGACGUCACAACUACAUGCAUCUUUUCACUGCUAACUCGCAAGAGAGUUGAGCACAACUCAACUGCUGCGAAUUACUAGUAACGGCAACAUUCCCUUCGCAUUCGCGUUCGCACAUGUACAUGUCUAAACCGGGUUAGUUCGCAGAAGUAAAUGUAUGAACCAGGUCAGUUCACAGGAAGUACAUGUUCAAGGCGAUUGCCAUUGCUUUGGUGCCCUUGAAAUAUGCUCUAGUAAAAAUAUAUUUAUACCAUUUCCUCAUAGGGUGCCCUUUACC